GUUUAUUUUGAAAAUCAUGAUCCGGAAAAGGCGUUGACGCAGUUCGUUGUUGUCAGUUGCGCUGACUGAAGAAGUACUACGAUCAGCUACUGGAGCCAAAAAGCCCGUUUUGGACAGCAGCGACACAAAUACGAAAGUUUGCUGCUGCUGUGUGAAAAGCCACAGCUUUGUGUGUCUCUCUGUAUCCGAGACAUCACCUUUGCUUGAGGAGUGUGUGCUUGUAGCACUGUUCUGCAGUGUCUGUGAUGUCGUCAGAGCUGCUGGUUGAUUUGAGCGAUGACCCUGCCACGGCACAGCUAGGACAGCUGAAGCUCUCCACCAUAGAAGACCAGCAGUGGCCUGCUGAUGAGUCAACUCUCAGCAAGUCCGACACGGAUAUCUCCCAGCGCUUUGACAGCAGCUCUCCUCACCUGCCAUGGGACCAUCCAUUUUAUGACAUCGCCAGGCAUCAGAUCAUUGAAGUGGCAGGUGAUGAUAACUUUGGCAGGAAGGUGAUAGUGUUCAACGCCUGCAGGAUGCCCCCGCAGCACCAGCUUGACCAUCACAAGUUGCUGAUGUAUCUUAAAGGAACACUGGAUCAGUAUGUGGAAAGUGACUACACUCUGAUCUAUUUCCAUCAUGGGCUGACCAGUGAAAACAAACCGUCUCUCAGCUGGCUUCGAGAUGCAUACAGAGAGUUUGACAGAAAGUAUAAGAAGAACAUCAAGGCUUUGUACAUCGUCCAUCCCACCAUGUUCAUCAAGACUCUGCUGAUCCUCUUCAAACCAAUCAUCAGUUUUAAGUUUGGCAGGAAGAUCAACUAUGUGAGCUACCUGAGUGAGCUGGAGGAUGUGGUGAAGUGUGAGCAGCUGCUCAUUCCUGCUCGUGUAAAAGAAUAUGACAACAAACUGAGAGCGUCUCUGAAACCGGCCGCCCAGCCUCCCAUGUCUCCUCCUCGCAGCCCUCCGCUUCCCAACCAGGUGUUUGGGGUUCCUCUUGCUUUGCUCGGAGAGAGGAGUCCAGAUGGAGAUGCUGUUCCUGUGGUCAUGAGAGACACCAUCGGUUUCCUUACAGAUCAAGGUUUGGAGAUUGAGGGGAUCUUCAGAAGGUCUGCUAACGUUACUUUGGUGAAAGAGGUCCAGCUUAAAUACAACUCAGGCGCAGUCGUGAAUUUCAGAGAGAUUGAAGACGUCCACUUGGCUGCUGUGAUCCUGAAAACAUUCCUGAGGGAGCUGCCGGAGCCUCUGCUGACCUACCAGCUCUACAACGACAUCGUCAACUUCAAUUCUGUAUCCAGUGACGACCAGGUGACGGCGAUGAAGAUGCUGGUGGAGUCACUGCCAGAGGAGAACUACACAUCACUGCGAUACCUCGUCACAUUCCUCGCACAGGUGUCAGCCAACAGUGAGGUAAAUAAGAUGACCAACAGUAACCUGGCUGUGGUGUUCGGUCCUAACCUGCUGUGGGGGCGGGACAACGCUAUGUCACUGAGCGCCAUCGGUCCAAUCAACAACUUCACCAGAACCCUGCUGGACCAGCAGCAUCUCGUCUUCACCUAAACCCAUCAGUAACAACACACCACUGUGGCCCUCUUCCUCACAUUCAGCAAUCAGUCUCCAGUUCAUCCCAGCAACGGACCAAUCGGGAGCUUCAUCAGGGUACUUUCUCCACCAACAGCACUUAGACAAGCCAACUUCAGCUCUUCUUCGACUAUAAUACCAUA